AUGAAGGUGUACGCCGCAGUUUCAAUCCAAGACUACAAUUUAAUUAAAGACGACACCUCCAUGCAAUUGCAAAUUACACCAAUUGACAAAGACUGUGGCCCCAACCCCGAAUGGAAUUUCCCUAUGAAAUUCAGAGUAGAUACCUUCGCAUCCCAGCAAAACCGCCUCAUCCUCGUCGUGGAACUCAAAGCAGAUAAAAAAUUGGGUAACAAAGACAUUGGUGAAGUCCAAGUGCCCAUGAAAGAACUGGUUGACAGAUUUGGUGAAUCAAAAAAUGAAAUAAGCGUAAGUUAUAGCGUAAUAACCCCAUCUGGAGAACCCAAAGGGUUACUAUAUUUUACGUACAAGUUUAGUUCAAAGUUUACCAUAGAGAGUGGCGACAUGCCUGUCUCUGCAGCCUUAAACUGGAAAUGA